AACACUUAUCACUCUUUGGUUCACUCAUUAUAAAAAGAAGUGGGCAAGAGACGGUUCUUCAGCACUGCUCUAUGUUCUCUUCUCAGUGUAUGAGCGUGAGUUUCUGCUGGGAUUUCUAGAGAACCUUAUUCUCAUAUGGCAGGAAACAACUCAUUAUUCUACUGCGCUGAACCACACAAGAAUGUUGGGAAGGUCCUGGUACCAAUUCUAUCCUUAGAGUUCAUUUGUGGAUUGGUUGGGAAUAUGUUGGCGUUAUGGGUCUUCUGUUUCCGGAUCAGAUCUUGGAAGACCUACACAGUGUACAUGCUCAAUCUGGUCAUCGCAGACCUCCUCCUCAUCGCCGGCCUGCCUCUCAGAAUCAUUAACUAUCAUGAACAGGAGAACUGGACUUUCUCCGAACCUACCUGCAGGAUCAACUUAUUCAUGCUGGCCAUGAAUCGUACAGCCAGCAUCUGCUUUCUCACCACUGUGAGCAUUGACCGAUAUUUCAAAGUCGUCCAUCCGAGGCACCGUUUCCACGUCACUACGCUAGCGGGAGCAGUGAAGGUGGCAUGCCUGCUGUGGGUACUGACCAUCCUCAUGUCCAUCCACCUCACCCUGGCCAAGCUAGUGGACAUAAAUCCUCAGCAGGAGAAAAACUUCACGCUUUGCAGAAGUUAUAGCUCCUACCGAAAUCCGACCCCUGGCAUGAUCUGGCAUGGUGUACUUUUCUUCAUGGAGUUCCUGGUAGCAUUUAGCCUGAUCAUCUUCUGCACUUUCAGCAUCCUCUGGCAGCUGAGGCGCAUCAAAAUGGACUCACAGGCAAAGGUCAAGCACAUCCAAAAGCUGGUCAUUCUGAUUAUGAUCAUGUUUGCCAUCUGCUUUAUGCCCAGUAUUGUGGCAGCAGUGGUGGCCCUGCUGGUCAAAAGUCUCUACCGUGAUGACUGUGACAAGUUCAACAUCUUUGGCCGUGUGUUUCAUGGCUCCCUGGCCUUCACCUACAUGAACAGUGUGCUGGACCCGGUCUUGUACUGCUUCUCCAGUCCCUCUUUCAGAGACAACGUCAAGCUGACACUGCAGUCUAUUUGUAUAUGGAAGAAAGGAUCUGAAGUCUCUAGCAAGCACCUGAGGUAAACGUUAAGAUGUACAAAUAAAAUGUCCCCCUCAGGAGCUGGGGUGUAGUAUACAGACUGGACUGCUCCACUGUUACCGUUGCUUUUGAUACUGCCAAAACAAAUUGUUUCAUUUCCACAAGGAAUUAAACAAAGGAAACAUUUAAUUUAAUGCAGCAUGUGCACCUGUACAAAGAAAACUUUUAAAGUCUGUUUCUGAUUCUUCUUCAAAAGAGUAUUCAAUCUUCAUUCGAUUGAAAAACAUACUGCUUCCUCUACAUUGUGCAUAAUCUUCACUGCCUUACCAGUUAAUUGUUGUGAUGAACUAUUACCUAUUACCAAUAAUUAGCAACUAUUAAAAAGUAAUGUAAAUGUUUUAAUGGUCUUAAAAAUCAGAAAUCCUGGAAAUAAUUUCACACAUCGCAGAAAACAAAGUUUGUCCCAUAAAUCUACCAGAUUUGUUUUAAUUGCCUUGUAAAAUAAAAUAAAGCAUUAUUGCUUAUUGAUUAACUUUAUUGUGCUGUAUAGUUAUUAAUGAGCAGUUCAAGGAAGUCCUACUGUAAGAUGUACAGAAUAUCCACUUUCUCAGUGUCAAAAAUUAGGAAGUUAAAACCUAGUGAAAUUGCUACACAAACCUAUAAAAACUGCAACAAAGAAUAUUCUUUAUAAAGCCUGUUAGCUCCUCUAUUCUAAAUUGUUUUUUUAUUGUUAAUGUCAAUAUAGACAUUGAUUUAAAUGGUUUGCAUAAAAAUAUAAAUACAUACUCUUUAGAAACUAUGCAAUAGAACUACAAGUCACCCUUUCAAGCAGUGGAAUAGUGUCUGUAAAGGGCAAGACAGCCGUUAGCUACAGUAUUUUCACAAUGGCUUCAACCAAAAAAAAGCCAUGUACCACGUUUUAAUGAAAACCAUUGCUAAUGGGAUUUUAUUUUAAAUGAAAAAGCUGCAUCUGCAAGUCCUACAGAAUUUGCAAAAAAUAUCUGCUAAAUAACUUUUUGCUGAGAUUGUAGUUGUGUUCUGCAUAUUUUGGGAAAAUUAAUAAUCCAGCUUUAUUAAGUGGGUCCAUGAUAUUAACUGUGUGGGCAUGAACAGAAUGCUGGACAAUUGUAGGCUUAAGCCUAGAUCUGAGAGCAUGAACAUGAAGCUCAAUUGAGAAGUGCAAGCAGGCUGAAUAUGCCACCAGAAAACCUCAAACACCCAGACAGAAAAAAACAACAUCCUUGGCCACAGUGCUUCAAAACAGCCCACACCCUAUUAAAUACAGACAGCAAUUCUAUCAGCUGUUGUUUAGUGUGUUUCUCCAUAGCUAGCCAAAGACGAAUACAAAGAUGUGUGUUGGAAGUAUAAACAUAAAUAAUUCAUGUAUAUACAGUGUAAAUAUACCAUAUUCAGAAUGAUAAAAUUGCAUUCAAUGUGCACUCAAAAACAUGCAGAAUGACACUGUGUGACUUAGAAUAAAUGGAUAUGGGCACUUUCUGCCCAUUCGAAAAAAUAUACCUGACAAUAAUCCUGUAAAAUACGUGAAAUACAUAAAUACAUACAAUUCAAGAAAUUGUGACUACUGCUUGUUUUUUGUGUGUGAAAAUUUCAUGAAACACUGUUGACUGACAAGAAUACACAAAUAUAAGAUUUGAUACAGUCAUAAUAUUUAUUCACCACUGUAAAAUUGUAAGACUUUUUGAACACAAUCAAAGUAGUCACAAUUUGAGUCAAAAUCUGUAAAAGGAAUGAAUGUAUAAUUUGUAAUUGUUGGAAACUCAUCUGGAUAUGAGAUCACCAGUCUGGUGUCCUAACAGGACCUCCCUGCUAGAUGCCUUUCAACGCACUGCGUACAUUUCAGAGCUCAAUGGAAAAUUUCAAAUGCAUUAUACUUUCUGCUCAAUUUUCUUUCAUGUUGGUUAUAACAUUCUUGCCACAUUAUACUCUUAAGUGUUUAGUUUUUAAGUGCUUCUUCAAUAAUAAUUUUCAUUAUAUACAUUUUGUAUGCAAUGUAACAAACAGAAUGUCAUAUCCGCUUCCUUCAUAAUACAAGCUAAAGCUUCCAGUAGUCAUGAAGGUUAAUAAAAGCUCUCCAUCUUUA